AUGGCGAAAAUUCCCCCGUACGGUUGGUCGACAAAUAACAACUACAUGAACGUCAUGGGAACCCCUUCAGCACCUUCGUUUGGCUAUGGUGCCCUUCCUUUCUCGUUCUACUCCGCAGGAUGCGUCUUUCCACAGCCCCUCUAUCCUUCUCCUGUGCCACCUUUUGCAGCGCUUCCAGAGAUUCCGCAGCCUCCAAAACCAGUAGCUGAAAAUCUCCUUCCACCCGGAAUCGAUCUCGAGGAAACACCCAUCGAUGGCAGCGCCAACUAUUUGUUUCCCAAGAAGCAUACUCUCAUUCAUGUCGUGCUUGGAAAUCACCAUCCAUGGGAAAAGCCAGGGCAGGAAUUUAAUUUUGCCAUUAUGCGAGUUCCUACUUCAAUGACUGUCAAGGACGUGAUCCAUCAGUUGGGCGCCACGACGGGUGACAAUGCGAAGAAUGGCAUUACUGAGGUACUUGAACUAGGAGAUGGAAGGUGGCUGAAGGGCAUCUCGUUUUUCGCUGCAGAUAAAAAAUCCGAAAAGCCCAUUGCUGACUUUGGCUGGGACGAGAAAAGGGGUCCCGGUGGUCUCUCUCCAAUUUGGCUUGCAGUUCACCGGGCUUAG